CAAGGUGGGCCACAAUCGAGCUCAUUUCAAUAGUCUUCUGCGUGGAUUCAAUCCGGCCAGAAGUGAUCGCCAGGUUGCGCGCUCUGCUUAGGUUGGGUGUCUUUCUCCCAGAUCUUUCACUCGCGCGUUGGUUUACAGAAAAGUCGUGAUCGUUAUCUUCUCGAGCCGGGAUGCUAAUUAGAGUGAUUCCGUUGGUUUGGCUGAUUGCAGUCGUUGCCGGCGGAGAUGGACCAGAUUUCAGCUUUGGAGAUAUGGACUUCUCUAUGGAGUAUUUCAAAGCAGCUUAUAAUGCAUCAACCAAUUGUGUUGUUUCGCCGCUUUCGGUGAGGCUGGUUGUGGCUGCGUUUUACCAAGUGGCUGGGGCCACCGCGGAGCAAAGCCUGCAGCGAGCUUUCUAUUUACCGUUGGAGAAAUCGGUUGCCAGCGACAAUGCGGCUGAGUUUUUGGAAGAAAUCGCAGGUGGUUCUCAGUUGAAAAUUGCCUUCAAAGCAUGGAAAAAUCAGGACCAGCUAUCAGAUGAAUUUGCAACCGCGUUGCGAAAGAUUCUCAAAACAUCACCAGACAAUGUAAGGUUCGAGGACAAUGUCUCCACGGCAAACAGUCUGAACCGAUGGGUGAGUGAAGCAACCGACGGAAAAAUCCAGAAAUUCGUCAGUACAGGAGAUCUAAACAGCAACUCAGACCUUUUUAUAUCGAAUGUCGUGGCACUGACAGCGUCAUGGGCUGAGAAGUUCUCCACAUCAAAAACGGAUCGUCAAAUGUUCGCUUUCGUUAAUGGAGCUCGUCAAGUUGAUAUGAUGCACGAGACAUUAGAAGUUCUGUACAAGAUGGACGAAACCUACCAUGCGAUUCAAAUACCUUAUAGUGAAGAGAGCGAUCUUGCAAUGUGGAUUCUGGCUCCUCGCGGGCCAUCUGGGAACUUUGAAACCCUCAUGAAUUCACUUUCAUCUGGUUUGUUUGAUGAUAUCGAAACAACGGCCAUGCCAAAGGUUGUGGAUAUUUCCCUACCACGCUUCCAGGUUGGAUUCAAUCAUGAGAUCAAGCACAUCAUCCAAAGAAUGGGUUACGGCGCAUUAUUUUCGCAGAAUGACUUCAAUGUUUUCAAAGGACGCAAGUCGCGUUUGAGCGAUCUACGACAGAGUGCCAUACUUACGGUAGAAGAGCAAGGUUUCGAUGUUGCUGCCAUUUCAUCCUCCAGAGCGGACUCCCCUUCCAAAAAUAUUCAGUUCAAUGUGAAUCAACCGUUCGUAUUUAUCAUCAAGAAGAUCUCAACCGAUACGACAAUCUUUGUCGGGCAUUACUCCAACUAUCAGUAAAUUAUUUAGCUCUAAUUGAAGGCAAUAAAAUAGCUUCAAGUGUAAGCGAAAUAACAAA